CUUAGCGAGCCAAUAGGAACUCAGGAAGCGGAGAGACGUUGCCCUAGUCCAAUAGCAUGGACUUUUAGCAUUUUAGCAAAAGAGAUGUGCUUUUAGCAUUUUUUAAAAAAAUAAGCAUCUCCUUUGACCAAUGAUGACAGGCGAGGCAGACUCUGAUUAUCCAAUAGGAGAGUCAGGACGUUUCUGUGAACCCAAUAGGCAUAUAGUUGGAUCAGAGCUACUCCUAAAAGGGCGCGACUGAAGGUAGAACAUAGGAAAAUGGAUAGUCAUCGACGUCUUCCAAUCGGCAACGGAGAGGCAGAGCCGCGUCCUCAAUCGACACCUGAAGGCGGGAGUAACGUUGACGGACAGCCACUCUACCGAAUAGGAUGAGGCCAUUGCCGGCUCACGUGAGGGAGGGAAGCAUGGAUUAACCACUGGUAGUGGGGCUGAGUGCAGCAUGGUUCUGGAAGGAAGAUGGGAUCCACUCGGGUGACUGCAAAGGAGCUCUGUGAAAAUGAUGACCUGGCUACUACGCUAGUGCUUGACUCUUACCUUGGCUUUAAGACCCAUAAGAUGAACGUAAGCCCACUCCCACCCAUCAGAAGGAAGCAUCAUUUGCGGGAGGCAGUGGAGGCUUUUCGGAAGCGUAAGGACCUGGAUGUGGCCUACCAGGCCUUGAUGCAGGGCGGAUGGGCCUGCCAGUACUUUGCGAAUCGGAGCCGUCAGCAGGAAGCUGCCUUCAAGACUCAUAUAUUUCGCUACCUUCGCAUUUUCCUUCCUGAAAGCGGUUUUACCAUCAAGCCCUGUAGUCGCUAUUCCUUGGAAAUCAAUGGAGCCCGUGUGGUCUCUACCAAAUCAUGGAGGAAGAAUGACAAGUUGGAACUCCUGGAGGGUUAUAUUGCAGAGUUGACAGAGCCGGACGAAAGCCUCCUGCGGACGGGCGAAAACGACUUCAGCGUCAUGUACUCCACACGGAAACAAUGUGCCCAGCUCUGGCUGGGGCCUGCAGCCUUCAUCAAUCAUGACUGCAGGCCAAACUGCAAGUUUGUCCCCAUGGAUGGGAACACUGCCUGCGUCAAGGUGCUGCGGGACAUUGAGCCCGAGGAUGAGAUCACCUGCUUCUAUGGAGACGGCUUCUUUGGAGAGAACAAUGAGCUGUGCGAGUGCUGCACUUGUGAAAGGAAGGGGGAAGGAGCCUUCCGCCUUCUGAACCGGACACCCUCGCAAUCUACCUCGGUCCACGACAAAUACCUGCUGAGAGAGACGGAUGGCCGUCUGCAGCGGUGGAAAGGCCAGUCGUGCAAGUUGGCCCAACAGAACGUGAAAGUGGGACGCAAGGCCCGGCGCAGAAGGGCGCAAUUACGUGGUGCCCUACGCCGAUCCACCCUCUACUGGUACCAUAGGAUGCUGAGGCCGCUGUACAUCCCAGUGCACAACUGCCUAGCCUGCAGGGCACGCCGAUGCAAGCUCCGCAAGCAGCUGCUGGUGCGUCUGCCCCGCUGCCCUCCUUCGAUGUUCCCUGCGCUGUUCCCCAGGCGCUCGUUGCGCAACAAGGGUGGCCGCUCCAGGGCCCAGCAGGACUGCUCCUCCUGGAGAACGCACAACUGGCCCUUGAGCCUGGACAGGGCGGAAGGGCGGAGCCUGUACGUGGAUCUGGGCAGCAGAGUGCCCCUGGACUGGGCACGGCCGCACAGAGAAGUGGAGGGUGGGCCUGGGGAGAGAGGGCCCCAUAACAGCCAUGGGGAGCUGAGCCAGGGGGCUGAGGAGCUUCCAGCAGGAGAUGUGGAGAGCCCAGCGGAGGUCAUUGGGCCCCAGGGUUCAGGAUCUGGGGCGCCAUGCUCGGGGGACCAAGGGCCCACCCCGUCUUCAGCCCCCUGCCCUUCCAGCCAGCCACUCUGCAGGACACGGAGCAUGACGCGACGCCAAGCUCAGGUCUUGCCCACCACACCAGAGCUGCCGCUGCCACCGCCACCAGCCACAGACCCCAAGCUUUCCCAAUACGCCCAUGUCCGCCUGGAAGGUCCCCUCUUUGUGGGCAGGCAGCUCUGGCAGCAGCCGCCUCCCGACGAGAUGGAGAAGCAGCUGACGGAAGAGCAGCAUCCUCCCAAGCAGAUGGUUUCUUUCCCCCCUUUCUUGCCCCCCAAGAGGCUGCGCCUGGUGGUCAGCCAUGGCUCCAUCAAUCUCGAGGUGGCUUCAGGCUCGUGUGAGGAACUGUCUUGACCUGACCGGCCUCAGAGGGUUGCUGAGGAGAGACCCCAGCUUCUUGAUGAACUUUAGAUCCUUGAUUAGCCAGGGCAGCCGUCCCCCCUCCCCCCAACAACCUACCAGAAUUGGCCUGAAAACAUCUGUUCUUGGUUGUGUGUUUCUCCAGAUGUCGCAUCCGGCGAGAAGCUACCACUGCACUGGUGUAAUGCCUGCAAGGGACAGGAUCAGUGCUUGGAGUGCUAGCCUGUACUCCCAUCUCUUUUUCUGUUGCAGUUCUCUUUCAGUUGUCUCCUUCCAAGCUUCUGCCUCUGUCCUACCCGCAUUUGUCCCUUCUUUGCUUUAAAACAAAAGCCCCACACUCCACCAUCUAGCCAAACUGUACUUAACACCCAUUGAAACUUAAGCCAUAGAGCAGACUGUGCAGAUGAGGGGGACUCCCACCUCCUGUCGUCUUCUAGAACUGGGCUCUCUCUCCCGCAGAGUCCUUCCGCUGUGGGGCUCUAGGGAUCGCCAAUCUCCGGUUUUGUAGCAGUUCAGCCAUAUACCAUUCUGAGGAUCCCAUCUUUCUACAGAUGCACAUGGUGCUUUUGCUGUUUGUUACUGCUACAGGGCUGUGAGGCUGUUGUGGGUGAAGUGACUUGUGGGUAAAGGAAACCUGUAUCCAAUCAGGGAAGCUUCUUUAAUCCAGUGUAGUUUAAAAAAACACAAAAAAACCAGCAACCAGAAGUGCACAUUUAGCUUGCAACCCAAGCUGUUGAACCCAUUUUAGCUUAUUGGCCACCAUUUGCUGAACAGGUUUAUCUUUUUCUCUUCCCAUUUGGGUGCCUACUGUUACAAGAUAUCUUCUCAUUUUUAAAGCCAGGUUUGUAUUGGCCAGGUUUGUCUGUCUUGUCUCUUUUCUCUGCUGGGACUUUUAAACUAAUGUGUGUUGGUGUUUUUAACGACUUGAAAUGAACAUAAGGUAUUCAGGUUUCAUAUUCAGUACUCCCCGCCCCCCUCCAACUACAGUUGAUGGGGUUUUCAGAAUGCCAGUGAAUGAGUUUUAUGCAAAAAUUCCAUACUGUAGUCAAGCAGUAGAGAAAGAAAAGGUUCUUUUCCCAGCACUUAAUGGGGACUCCUUGGCUCAGGGCAUUGUGUUAAGGGGGCCUUUCUCUUGUGAGGUAUUGGCUUGUGUGUAGGAUAAAUGGUUCUGCCUGUCUAGUAGUGGCUAGGUUCAGUUCUCAAACCCCUUGCAGAAAAUUGGUCAUCGGCAUAUUUGUCCACCGUUUGAGUCUAGACAGUUCUUGGAAUUUCCACUAGGUGGCACGUGAAGCCACUUCAUUGGGGUUUAAUGGGACGCUCAGAAGUCCAGCUGCAAGUUAGGUGGAGGUUAGAAGCCAAGGACUCUUGAAGUGAGGAGAGUGCUGCAACCAACCCCCACCCUCCCGUGUGUGCAUGCUUAAUUUUUCAGGUUGAAAAUGUGCUUUUGUAAAGCAUUGAGGUGCUGAGUUUGGGAAGCACAUAACCAAGAGUCAUAGCAAGACCUAAUCUGCUUUUCUUCCCCCUUUCUAUGUGGUCCCCAACUUGGUACACUUCAGUUGUAGAGAGGCUUUUUGUAUAACAAUGAAAAGAGGCAGGUACUUACCUGGGAGUCACACUAGUAUGUUGAGUGAUCUUAUGUGUGCUUACUUGGGAGUAUAUCCUGUUGAACUCCAUGAGACCUCCUUCUGAGUAACCGUGGAUGGGAUUGGGCUGAAAAGAUCUUUGAUCUCUGAAGCUGAGAAAUCUGGCUUGGAGAACCUUUCUUAGAGCUUCCUGUAGAGUUUGGCUUGGCAUGCAUUUUAGUUCUGAGGUAGACGUGUAUGAUAGUUAAGGCAUUCUGUUUUCAUGAUUCUGCUGAUAGAGGUGUUAAUUCCUGGGAAAUUACUUGUGUUUUUUGAAAGAAGUUUUAGACGUAGUUUGUGAGAGGUGCAAGGUGGAACAUGCAGCUAGGGAGGAGCUAUAACUUUUCUGUCUCUCUCCCAAGAACGAAGUAGCAUUUCAUAAUGCAGGAAGAAUCUUCAAACUCACUUGUAGCAGUAUGGGGACUUGGCCUUGUAGGUGGUCCCAGCAGGACUUCCUUAUGCUAAGGCUGUCACUUUGGGAAAGUCAGGCUUGUGUUUCAGAAAAUCUGCAGUUGAGAAUAUUCUCCUCAAAUGUCUGAGUAGCCCAGUUCAUGAGUUCAGCUGGGCUUUUGCUGCAGUGAGCUCCACAGUAGCCCACAAUCUGUGUUGUGGGGAAUAUUAAUAGAUGCUGCAGAUUAUGCAGACACUUGCAGUUCAUUGCAGUAUGAACAAGGUAGUUUGUACUGAUGAGGUCAAAUAUAUACAGUCCCCAACAAUUGAGACAAGAUGCAAAGCUAUCCUGCUUUAGGCUAUCUGUAUGCAUUUCCCAGGUGUUUACAUCAGUGUGCACAAUCGCUUCAGUUGGUGCACACUUGGUUCAAUGCUCACUUCCCCUGACAGGCUUGCACAAAAGGAAGAGUUGAAAACAUGCCAUCUGUUAAUGCACUGACUUGAGUGUUUUGCUCACGCAAAGGUGAUGUACAGCAGACAUUGCAGAUCUUUUGCUGUUACCAAAUUCACUAUAUAUGCUGACGCAGCCUUGGUUGGUUUUGUGUUUUUCAGAUCUCUCCAGCUCUUUAACACCAGUUUUGUUUCCUUGGGUAAAUGAUCCCAUUUCUCUUUGCUGACUGUAUGUGUUUGCUUACUUUCAGUGCAGGUGACUUAAUGCACGGUACUUAUUCUGUGAAUCUAUGCCAACAGAGCCCUGACCACUCCCUGUGCCUACAUCUUCCUAUUUCUAUGAGGUGGUGUUUCACUAAUGUGAUGGGUGUGUGUGUUUCUCUUUGCUUUCUCAGACAAGAGCCUGAGUAUCUAUAGUGAAGGAAUUGAAGAACAUCACAAGGUGUGAGCUCUCACCUGAGUUCAUUGGUGUUUGUGCACAGUACAAAAGGCUGUGCCAACAUGUGGCAUGUUUUCCCUCACCUGCGCCAAGCCCUGUGGCUUGUAGCCUGCUGCCCAUACCUGCUUUCCUGCCUGUGACUCUUGUCAGUCUUUGACUGUUCAAUGUUUGAUGCUAGCAUAUUAGUAUACACCCUUUAGUUAGUACUGUUGCUGUGGGGUUUGGGUGGGGGGAGGUGAUCCAAGGGCUUUUGUGUUGGGGAGGCUUUGGGAGGUUGGUGGGGGGGCGGUUGGAUGUUGACAGCCAGGAUACUUACUCUCCCUGUUGGAAGGGCAGGAGUUGGGGGCUCAGUUUUCACCUUUCCGUGCCUCUGUUUCCCCAUCUUUUCAAGAUGGGCUUUAUACUUAAGCUACCUCGUUUGGGAAGGGGGGGCAUCAAGGAGCCCCUCCAGGCAUUCUCUGUCAUCUGCUUUCAGUCCCAUGUCAAUUUUUUGUCCUGCCUUUCCUCCUCCACCCUCAUGGCUUUCUCAUUUGAACAAACCAUGCAUGUUCUCAUGGGUGGAAGGUUGCUGGUCUGAAAACCUACGAGUGGCGAUGAAUCCAGGUAUCUCCUGUCAUUGCAUCCCAUCUAAAUUACUCUUCUUUUUUGCCCAGUUCAAAAACUUGUCUGGAUCAGUCCCCUUUUAUUCAGGCAUCAUCCUAGCCCUGCUCUGAUCUUUGCAUCUUUCUGCCACUCCAUAAUCCAAUCUUGGUUGCCAUCCCAGCUACACCACUGUCUGUUCCAUCUGCUGUAAGAGCAUUUUAAAGCAUGCCUUUUGGCCUGGAGCCAAUUUGUCUUCACUGCAAAUAAUUUUCUUUAAAAAACAAAAACAAAGAACGAUCCACAGAACAUCCCCCUUCCUUCACCCCACCAUCCCACCUCCAUAAAGCUUGUGCUCAGGAAGGUGUUGCAACACCUUGACCCUUAAGGGAAAAAAUAAACAAACUGGACACAGGAGAAGAUCUCUGGAUAGCUGGGCUCCUCAGGGAAUGGUGGCGUGGAGGGCUUCAGAGUGUUGCCUUCUGCUCCAACGUUUUGGGGUUUUAACCACAGUGCAUCAUCUUUGCCUCUUGGGGCAGGUUCAUGGCUAACGGCUCAGGCCUACUUUAUAAGGCAAUAUGCAGGAUCUAGGGUGGGGGUAUAUGACACUAUCUUCCCUCCUUGUAACUUUCCCAAUGCUUUAUUUAAAUAUAGGGCUCUUCCGGUACUUGUCUGUCCACCUUAGGAACCAUUUUUUUAAAACUGGGCAAGUCUGGAUUUUUUCCGCACAAGAGGGUGGUGGUGGUGGAUUUACUGAUGAGAUGUAGAUUCAGAGGGUUGUGUGUAUUCUUCACUUUAGUUUAAAAAAAAAAAUUCUAGGACAAGAUGAACCAAACAAUGACCUGUAUAAACUAUGAAAAUUGGAAUUUUAAUGCCAUUUUGCUUCCCCUUAUUGGGAUGGGCAAUGAACUCUGUAAGGUACUGAAAGUGACCACUGGAAAUUCUGACUGUCUUGGCUAGUGGUGUGCACAGACCAGUUAGCAGUCAAACCGGUCCAAGCAGUUUGAUCCUGAACCGGUUUGAGUUGGUUCGUUCGUUCGUCCAGCCCAGCUGGUUGGUCCGACGAACCGGUUCACAGAACGGUGGUUUGGUCUGAAUUUGGACUGAACUGCCGCAUGUAGUCUGUGCACACCCCUAACCUUAGCCGCCUCCUCCAAUCUUUCCAGCUUCAGAAAUUUAAUCAGGCCAGAAUAUUUUCCAAUCUCUCAUGACUAGAAACUUGUGUUUUAUGUGUGGGUUUUGUUUUACCUUUUCAAAAAGAGCUCAACUUGUCCUGUGCUCAAUUUCAAAUCCUGCACUUGUGCAGUGUGAUGGUGAAAUGCACACAGCUCUGGAUGUAUAUUUAGCUAGGAAAAAGGAUCAGGGGAGGGUGGGGGGAGGGAAGGGUGGAUUUCUUAAUGGUGCUAAACUGAAGUGAGGGUGGUUGAAGGGUUCUCUUGGCUCCAAGAGUGGGAGUUCGAGGCCUCAGGGUAGUGCUUGCCCCCAUGAUCAGGCCGGUAUCCUGUAGGGGGUGAAGGCAGAAACAUGUGUUGGUAUUUUUAAUGGUGUGUGCGUGUGUUAGAGAAGCGUAAUACUUUUUAAAAUACUUGAUUGGAAUAAAGUCUUUUAAAGCUA